AUGAUCACACUUGCUCAUCACUCCUACAUCGCUAUGGUCAACGAAGCCGAUAGAACAGAAGACGCCUUGAAGUUGGCAACUUGGUGGAACAAAUUCCUCGAAGGUGUGGAGCCUGGUCGUCCUAAUGCAGAAGUGCUGGAGAUUCUCGAGAUGCGUGCCACAGCUUUGGAGAGCCUCAUUGAACUCGACGACACCAAUCGUGACGCACUUGUCCAGAAACUGAUCGACACCUUAGUGAGGAGUUACAAGAUUUCCUGUGUUGUUAAUCGACAUUUCCACUCACGUACACUUCGACGACUGGAGAAAAUUGCCGAAUGGCUAGAGGAGUACGAACAUGGCGAUGACCGUGACGUCAGCGAGGUUGAGACGCUCCUCCAAAACGGUAUUGAUGAGGCGCAUAACGAUCGACACCGGUAUGAAUCCGAAACGAAACUGACCAACAGAGAACGGCGAGACCCUAACUAUAUCAUGUGCUGUGAAAUACUUCGGAUCCUCGCCCAACGCAACGAGUCCACAACGGCUUCAUAUGACGUCACCGAAGUGAAGACGACGUCAUUUCCUGAGAACCCAAAAGACUGGUCGUUGACUUCUGAGAAGCUUCAGAGCGAUGAUGAUGAUGAUGCUAUCUCGCCCUCAGAUGACAUAGUGAUUCGAUUUUGA